AAUUUAACUGUUAUUUCACAUUCAAAUGUCGAUCAGUUUAAAGUAAUGGAACCUGAUGAUGCUUUUUUGAAGUUAAUGAAAAAUUCAAUAUAUUCAGAAACAUCAUUCGCCGAUUGUACACUUUCAUUAAUGGAUCAUAAAAAUAUUUCUUGUCAAGGAAGAGAAGAUGCUGCUCAAAUGAUUAUUCAAGAACAUAGAAAAGCGAACAAUUCAGAAUACAUGAAAAUUUUGAAAGAUAUCCAAGGAGUGCAUAUAAGUGGUAUGUUUCUGUCAGGUGGAUCUCCAUUAAAAUAUCGAAUUGAGAAAAUAACAUUAUCUCUAAUGGAAGCAGGUAUCAGUAAUAAGUGGGAUAGGGCUUUCUCAAAAAAAAAUUCAAUUCGUCGAAAUCAAGUCGAUUUAUUUAAGCAGAAUAAGUCCUUGAUUUUCAAGGCCUUAAAUUUAAUGGUCAUGUUGCUUAUUUUUGGAUAUUUACUUUCGCUGAUUGUUUUUGCUUAUGAAAUAGUUUUCUAUAAGUAUUUUAAUAAUUAGUUUAAAUUUUGUGUUUUAAUAAUUUGUAAUGUGUUUACUUCUGGGACAAAUCCGAAAGGCCUUAGUCAGAAAUGGAAAAAUAAGAGAAGGGAUACAUAUACUGCUUAGGCUACCUGAAAAGUUCAAAACAAUUUGACAUUUUUGAACUAAUGUUUUAUUCGUGGUAUCGCGAAAAAACUCCACGUAAAUUACAAUACUUAUUCAUGUUGCAAAUUGCAUGUCGCAUACUUUUCCUUUUAAAGGGAAAUAUUGACAUUGUAUAUUGUUCUCGACAUUUCAACCAUUUCGAUGAUAUUUUUUCUUCUAUUGUAGUUUUGUGUUUUGUUGUGUUCAGAGCAACAGAAUGAAACAAGUUUAAAUUUAAAAUAUAAGUCCUAAAUGAUAAAACUUUAAAAAUAAGUUAGAUAUACCAAUCAGAUAGUGAAAAUUAAAUAAAUCACUUACUGCAAUAACUUUUAUAUGGGAAAGUUGUAUUGAAACCUUAAGAAUUAAGACAAUUAACAAAUAUAUGGUUGUUAGAUUCUUCAGCAAAUUAAAGACAGAAGUUCAGAAUAGUUGGUAAUUCUUUUAAAACUAAUGAAAUCAUAUAAGACAAUACAAUUAAAAAUAAUAUAAUAUUGUUUAAGUGUUAUAAUGAACAUUAUGAAGUUCACUAUUCAAACUCUAAUAGCAUUUGUAUGCUUUAAUUUUACCACCCGAGAAAUCACGGGUAAAGCAUCUUCUAUAUGGCCAAGCGAAUUGACCACAAUUUUAAAUCGGUCUACAAAAAUGAAUCAAGUACUUUUGUUAUACAGUGAUAAUUCUAACAAUUGUCUCAUACACCAAAUGGUACAGAAUAUUCCAAGAAAGAUACCAACACGACUUAUUGAUUUCAAGAACUUUACGAACGGGAACAGCCAUAGUUUGAAGCUAACUUCAAUUUUACUAGAGUCAACAAUUGUCGUCAUCGUUCCUUCAAGAAAUAAAGACCGAAAUAUAACAGAAGUACUAAAUAUACUUGAUUCUCUAGCUAAAAUAACUGAACCACUUUCAAUUCCAAAACUUCUGAUAGCUUUUCAAGUUACAACAACCAACAAUUAUCGCGACUUCUUCAAAUUGUUGUGGCCAAAACAGUUUCUAGACGUCACGGUACUUGAGAUUCAGCAGCGUAAAGAAAAUGAGAUAAUAUCAAAAUAUUCAGAUGUACAAAUUGUCAAGCAACAUUAUUAUAAUCCAUUCACUAAAAAAUGUACUAAAACAUCAUUCUCAGAGAACAGCAUUCUCUUUCCGAACAAGCUUCGUAAUCUGAACGGAUACAAGAUAAAUGUGGGUAUGUUUCAUUACCCCCCUUAUAUCUACAUUAAACGGAAUAGCACAAAGCAUGUUGUCAGUAUUAAAGGUCCUGAAGUAAGCUUGGCAAUAGGAUUGUCUGAUGUUUUAAACUUCACCUUGCAAAAGAUAAUUUACAACGACACUAACUGGAUUGCUGGACGUUGCGACAAAGAAAAGAAUGUUGGGUAUUGGAAAAACGUUAUUUAUAACGAGAUACAAGUGAUGCUUCCUCAAACCGCUAUAUUUGGUACUUGUUUAAACAAUUUCGCCCUCAUCACUCGAGGUACAAGAUCCUUCACUUUUAUGUAUGUAGUACCAAUAUUGCCAAGUGAAGCUGUAUUAUUAUUAACUGAACGUAAUUUACAUGAAAUGCUGAUCGUAUUUUGUAUUCUUUUCAUACCAUGGAUGAUUGCCAAGUUUCUCAAAUUUGAUCCACAUUACUGGAAAUUUAUGUACACUCUUCAAAUUGCUUUUGGAUUUUCAUCACCGAGAGACCCUAAAGAAAAUAAAGAAAGACUAGUGUUUCUAUCUAUUCUGAUUUUUUACUUUCUAGAAUCGUCUUAUCUCUAUACUGUAAUUUCAAAUUUUCAAAUACAAAAGGAAUAUUCUAAGAAAAUAGAAACAUUCGAUGAUGUACUUGCUGCUAAUAUAACUGUUGUUGGAACUCAAAAUGUGAAUUGGCAUAAAGUAAACGAACCAGAAGAUUCUUAUUUGAAGUUAAUGAAGAAAUUGAAAGGUUCAGAUGAAUCAUUCGAAGAUUGUACAAUUUCACUAAUGAUUAAUAAAAAUAUUGCUUGUCAUGGAAGAGAAGAUGCUGCUCAAAUAAGGCUUGAAGAACAAAGAAAAGCGAAUAAUUCAGAAGGCAUGAAAAUAUUAAAAGAUAUCCAAGGAGUGUAUGCAAGUGGUAUGUAUCUCUCAGGUGGAUCUCCGUUAAAAUCUCGAAUUGAGGAAAUAACGUUAUCUCUAAUGGAAGCAGGUAUCAGUAAUAAGUGGGAUGAGGCGUUCUCAAGAAAAAAUUCAAUUCGUAAAAAUCAAAUCGAUCUGUUUAAGCAGGAUAGGUCCUUGAUUUUCAAGUCCUUAAAUGUAAUGAUCAUGCUGCUUCUUUUUGGAUAUUCACUUUCGUUGAUUGUUUUCGCUUCUGAAAUGGUUUUUUAUAGGUGUCUUAAUAAUUAGUUUAAAUUUGGAGU